GUGGAUAUUGCCAGGUGGCGCAGGCAGGCUCGCCGUCUCCUCUGGUGGAUAUUGCCAGGUGGCGCAGGCAGGCUCACUGUCUCCAUGGCGCCGGCAGUGUGUGUGUUUGAUGUGCAGGAGAGUCCACACUGGAAAGCACGAGUUCAGUUUCGCGUAUCUGAUAAUGAAAUGCGGCAUUCUCACGCUGUACGGACACUGGGAGCGCGUACACGGCGUGCAAUACGAGCCGGGACCUGGUCUUCUGCGUGCUGUCCAAUCCAGUCGUGCAGGCUUGCGUUUGAUGGCGUUGUGAUUGGUUUACAGCUCCGAGGAGGACGGCUUUGCCCAGGGGUUUUUGGCAACCAAUGGAAUGACGAAUUCGUGCAAAACUGCACGGAAGGCGGGAUCUAAGUAAAGAAUGACAAGUAUCUAGUCCAAUGGUGUGUUAGCAUUUCCACUGAAGGCGGGAGCUGCUUGCGUUUGACAGACGGUGGGUGGGGUCUAGUCUCGGCCCGCCAAAGAUUGAAAUUUCAUUCAAGUCUUCAGCGGUGGCGGGAGAGACGGCCCUGACAGCUUUUUCUGGAGAUAGAAAUAUUGUUUUUCAUUUUGGUGUAAUAUCUGCUCUCAUUCGCGCAGCGCGAGUUAGUCAGACUUGCCUGUGAAGUUCGCGCAGCUGCUGGUUCGCAAUGAGCCUCGCCCUGUCUCAGCAGUGUUCGGUGCAGGAGGAGGGUACCGUCUCUCACGCUGCUGUCGAGGAGAGCGGUUCGGACAGUGGGAUGGGCUCCCCAAUCCUCCCAGAGGGGGGCUCUGUGCUGCCUGAGAACACAGAGAGUGGAGAUUCGGAGGAUGAGAUUCUGGUGAACAGGAAGUCACGCUGCAGGAAGGCCCUGAGAGACAGCGACAGUGAGGGGGAGGAAGAGGCGGGGCCAGCUAACACUCUCGUCCUAUCAGAGUCCAGUGAGGAGGAGGAGGAGGAGGGGCUGAAGAGGAAGACAGGAGGAAGGAUCAGCAGGGUUGCUCUGGACAGUGAGGACAGCGAGACAGAGACAGGACAGGACAGCCUGGCAACUUUGAUCCCCCAGAGAGAUAGUCCACUGAAGAGACACCACAGACUGAAAGAGGAGAGAGGGAAUGAGCGAUCCCGACGAAGGAAAGAGAAGGAUGAGAAGAGGCUGAAGAAAGUCAACCAGCAGAAUGAAGAGGUGCCCUCUGCACACCCCACCUUGAAUGACAGCGGCUGUCUCCUUGGCGACAGCGAUCUGUUUGACACGGGGCGGGGAGAGGAGGAGGAGGAGGAGGAAGAGUCUCUGGAUGCGAUCAGAGCCGUUGUGAGACACAAGGUGAAAAAGCACCAGGAGUGGCCGGUGACAUCAGAGCUGGAGGAGGAGGAGCGCGAGGGUGAUGAAGAGGAAGGGGGUGAAGGGAUAAAAAAGAGGAAGGAGCGGAAGGCGGCCCGUGCCAGCAAGGAGGCGAUGAAGCAGCUGCACAGCGAGAGCCAGAGACUCGUGAGGGAUUCCUCUCUGGGGCUACCCUACCACCUGCCAGAGCCCAAAACCAUCCACGACUUCUUCAAGAAGCGCCCACGACCAUCCUGCCACGGGAGCGCCAUGGCACUGCUCAAGUCUGCAAAAUACCAGCCGUGUAUGUCUGAGGAGAGUCUGGACCCGGCACUGACCCUGAACCAGAACCCGAGUGAGACCCAAGACCUGACCGAUGAUCCUGAGCAGGCUGUCCCCAUGGAAACGGAGCCCGAGUUUAAGGCUACCUCUGAGGCAGGGCCAGCGCCGGGGCAGGUGGAGUUGGGAGGCUGCGUUGUGGCUGCUCCCUCAAACCCGCAGCCCUCCGAGUCACCCCUCCACCUCCCUCCCAGCAAACCCUGCAGGAGCAGCAGGCUGGAAAAACUGAGGCAGCUGGGCCUCGACCCGCCUCCGCAGCCCAGGCUGUGUGCCGACGAGGGGGCCUUCGUCAACCUGGACCCCCCUGCCGUCAACACAGAGCUGGAGGCUCUGAAGCUUCGGUUCCUGAAGCACGGCCAGCCCCCAGCGAAGCCUCGUGGGCCGCUCACGCUCCAGCUCAACGUGGUGCGCAAGGAGGCCAGCUCCGAUGGGAAGCAGGAGCUCCGAGCCGACACAGUGUCCGUGACCCUGUCCGGAGAGCCGGCGGAGGAGCUGGGCUGUACCAAACCAGGGGAGAAGCUGCUGCUGUUGAAGUCCAAGCUGCAGCAGGCGAUGGCUCAGCGCAGGCAGGAGGAGAGGCAGAAACGAGCCGCUCUGUACAGGCUGGACAAUGAGGACUGCCUGGAGGAGGAGGAGGAGGAGGAGGAGGAGGAGGAGAUGACUGACGAGUCGGAGGGAGAGGAAGAGGGUGUUGACUUCCUGCUGGGAAAGGGGGGUGAAGGAGAGAGAGGGGGGAGCUCCAAUCUGGGAGGUCCUGGCGGUGCGGACCCUCACCUCUCCGAGGGGACCCUCAUGCUCUUCAGCAGGUCCAGCUCGCAGACCGGUGAUCAGGGAGGGGAUGGAGUGAGGAGAGCCCUGCAGACCGGCCUCGAUGGAGAGAGCAAGCUGGAGGAAGACGAUUCUUCUCUCCCGUCUCUGGCCAAAGAGAACAGCCACAACAGCAGCUUCGAGCUCCUGGGCUCCAUGAUCCCGUCCUACCAGCCCUUCAGCAAGCAGGGAGGGAGAGGGGGGGUAGCGGCUGGGUUCCGCUCCCCAUCUCCUGGAUUCUUCAAACCUAGCUUCCUGAGCUCUGCCUCCAAGAGCUCAGGGAAGCUGUCGGAGCCCGCUCUCCCAGUGGAGGACUCCCAGGACCUCUACACUGCCUCUCCGGAGCCCAAGACCUGCCAGCUGGGAGCCGAGGAUUCUCAGUUCCGCUUCUCCCUGGAAGAGGAGACUCAGAGUCGGCUGCUGGACGCAGACGGCUUCCUCAACGUGGGGUCCCGGGGCUCCAGCCAGUACCAGCCCUCCAAGAGGCAGCUGAUCCUGGGCAGUCUGGACGAGAACGCCAUGGAUGGGAACAUGGGGGAGCUCGUGGGGCUCUGCUCCGGGACGUUCCAGACUCAGAACCUCAAGGAUUCCGACUGUACCACCCAGGACAGUAACAUGGGGGAGCUCGUGGGGCUCUGCUCCGGGACGUUCCAGACUCAGAACCUCAAGGAUUCCGACUGUACCACCCAGGACAGUAACAUGGGGGAGCUUGUGGGGCUCUGCUCCGGGACGUUCCAGACUCAGAACCUGGAGAUCUGCGGUGGGGAGGACAGCACUGAGGCGAACAUGGAGGAGCUGCUGGGAUUGUGUUCGGGGAAAUUUGCAGCGGCAGAGGGAUCCUCCCCCGCCUCCCUCAAACUGAACCCCUCACAGGGAGCACAGCAGGCUGGCUGGACCGGAGCGAAGGGAGCCGCAGCCCUGAGCACAGGGAGGGAUGAAGAGCUGCAGGAGGAAGAGGAGAACUGUGAGUUUCAGCUGAUGACUGACGUGGGGAGCUUCUCCAGCGAAGAGGAGGAUGAUGCGAGUGAGGGAGAGGCAGAUGAAGAUGGAGAGGAGGAGGAGGAGUGCAGUGAGGAUGAGGAGGAGGUGAUGGCCCGAGCUCCUGGGCUCAAGAGGAAGAUGCGGGUGGCUGACUUCCUGGAGGAGGAGGCGGAGCUGUCUGGCAGUGAGCUAGGCAGUGAGGAUGAGGAGGGGGGAGCUGAGUGGAACGAGUAUGAGGAAGACGAGAUUCAGGAGGAGCUGCCAUCGGACGAGGAGCUGCAGGACCAGGUCAACAAAAUCCACAUGAAGCAGCUGCUGGACGAUGACAAGCGGGCGCUGCGUCUCUACCAGGAGUGCUACCUGGCUGAUGGGGACCUGCACUCGGAGGGGCCGGGGAGAGCCCGGCAGUUCAGAUGGAAGAACAUCGACGAGGCUUCUCAGGUGGAUCUGUUCCAUGGAGACUCGGAGGAGGGGGAGGAGGGAGAGGAGCAGCUGGAUGAGGCGGAGGUGCUGUGGAGGAGGCAGAGGCACGAGAGGGAGCAGUGGCUGAGAGAGCAGCAGUCCCAGAGCACAGGAGGCGAGGCAGCGACAGUGGCGGAGGAGGAGCAGGAGGAGAUCGGAGAGGACAGUCAGUUCAUGAAACUGGCCAAGAAAUUUGCCACCCGCACCCUGCAGAAGAAAGAAUCCCCGGCGGUACUGGUGAAGGAGAGAAAGGUUCUGACCCGAAGCCCAUUUGAGAAACCUGCUGUGUUACCUCAGGUGAAGACUGGCUCUCUGUUGAGUCGCUCAAAGGAUCUCAUGCAGACGUUGUCGUCUCUCUCAGAGCUGAACCCCAGCGGGCCGCGCAGUGCUCGGAACUUCGUGUUCCACACCCUGUCCCCUGAGAAGGGCUCGGAGCUCCCCAGCCCGUCCCAGACACAGGCAAAGAGACGCCCAGCCGCCGUCCUCGCCCCCGCAGCUAAGCGUCCCAGGAAAGAGGCUCCCAAAAAGGCAGAGGAGCCCCAGAGGAGCAUCUUCCGCUUCCUGGAGAGCUGAGUGGCCACGGGGCCAAGCUGCCGUGGGCUCUUCAAUCUGGUCUCUCCAGCAUUCCACUCCCCACAGUGGCAUCACUGUGUUUACAUUGACCCACCACUAUCCCAGCAUCCCCAGCAGGACACUCUGGCCCUCUCGAGGGUGUCUGUGGCAGAUCUUGAACUGAUCCUGCUCAGUCUUCAUGCACAGUCUUUAUAAUCUGAGCAGGUAACUGCAGUCUGAGGCUGCGAGGGAGGGAUAGCCUGUGCUCAUUAUUCACUGUGUCUCUGUCUUCAUGAAUCGUGUUUCUUAAAUGUACAUAACCUUUAUACAGCAAGGUUCUUAUUUGUAAAUGAAUACCUGUUUUGUAUUGACAGAUUGCCGGUUGUGUUCCGUGUUGUAGUUCUUAUUAAAGAGGUUUUUAUUG